GUCCAGGAAGCACCAAGAUUAAAUUUUUUUUUUCUUCGGUGUAUGGUGCGGUCCAUCCACACCUCUGGACAUGGCACAGCUGGGUGCACGCGCUCUCCUGCUGUGGGCCGGGGUCAUCGCUCUGAGCAGCUGUCAGAGCGCAAUAAAACCAACACCAGCAGGUCAGACAACAAAAACAGCAACUAUACCAGCCCCCACAACGGUCAUCGGUAUCGCCCAAUCCAACAUGACACCCACCCAGUCGCCCCCUACGGCCGACCAAAGGAACAACAUCUCUGAAUCUACGACCGCUCUCACCACGCCCACCACCACGCCCACCACCACAAUAAAACAAACAACAGAAGACCCCGAUAAAGAUAAACCAUGUAGCUUCUUGGUUCAGUCCGCACCUUAUGGUCUCAGUAUUAAUACCGGUGUCAAUGGCAGCUUCAACGUGGCCAUAUCUGCACCAAAUCAAGGUCCUAAUAACCGAAUGAUCACCGGACCCAGCGAAGACAUCCCGGGACUGAAGCCUUGUACUAACUAUACAGUCGAAGUACAGCGAAGAGGUGGAAUGACGUGUACAAGCAACAAUAAUUCAACCUUCACCAGAAACAUGACGAAAGGAGACGUCUCUUAUGCUCCACACUCUGCUGGAUUGAUCUCCUUUACGUCAAAGUGGGACAUAGACUGUUCAAAUGUGUCCCACCCCUCGGCGAGACCCUGUGACCCCGGACGCUGCUGUAUCAGUGUCAGACCUGACGACCUCUGCACCGACUUCCCCGUAACAUUCAACUUGUGUCAGUUCAGAGACAGCGUCUAUCUUUCUGCUGCGAAGUUUUUAAGUGUGGCCCCCGUGAAACCAGAAGUGAUUUACCCUAAAAACAUGAAAAGUGGACAUCCGGUAGAAAUAAACUUCACACAACCUGGAAACUGUAAACUAGAUAUUGACUACAGCUGUAAAGAUGAAGAAAAUAAUGUCAAAACGUUGUCUGCACUGGAGCUUUUUAAGAAGUACAAAUGCACUGGAAAUAUAACAAUGGAAAAUAAAACAUAUGUGAUCGAGGAAAUCGGCCCGAUCGAUGUGGACACCUCAUGCGAUCUUAGUUCAUCAUUUUUAUCAUCAUCAUCUAAAACUGACACCUCCGUCACUCUCUUAUGGAAUCCAGUCACCACGAACUGCAACCAAACUGUCCUGGAGCAUAAACUCACAUAUGAGUGCAGCUGCACAUCUCAGGAUUGGAACAGAGGAAGAACAGGACCACAAACCAGCCCCACCUGCACUGUGACUGGACUGAAAGCAUUUACCUCAUACACCUGUGAGAUCAACGCCUUGUACGACAAAAAAUCUGUGCACGUACAGAAAAUCUAUCAGAUCAGGACCGAGGCUGGAAAACCCGAAAGAGUUAAGAAUUUCAUGGUGUAUCAGACAGAGAAUAACGGCUUCCACGUGAACUGGACUAUGUUGUCUGCUGGUGAAUUUAAGGGUGACAAUAUAGGUUACAAGGUUGUUCUUAUACUCAAAGAAAACGAAAAGACAACUGAAGUGUUCAACAAAAUGAUAAAUACGGCUCAUCAUGAAUUUAGAAAUCUCUAUUACUCCUCAACCUACAUAGUGACGGUCAAAGCCUUUAAUGGCAAAUUUCACAGCGACGCAACAACCAAAACAGUGCACACCCUCUUUAAUGACAAAGCUCUGAUUGGUUUCCUGGUGCUGCUCAUUCUCCUCACAUGCGUGGCUCUGCUGGUGGUUAUGUACAAGAUCUACGUGCUGAAACGCAGGGACUCGCGAAAUUUAUCUGACGAUUUCCCGCUCAUCCCCAAGGAGGAGGAGCGUCUGCUGAACGUGGAGCCCAUCCAGGCCGACGCGCUGCUGGACAUGUACAAGAAGAAACUGGCCGACGAGGGACGACUCUUCCUCGCCGAGUUUCAGAGCGUCCCAAGAAUCUUCUCAAAGUACACGAUGAAGGAAGCGAAGAAAAACUGCAACGCCAUCAAGAACCGCUACGUGGACAUCCUGCCGUACGACUACAACCGCGUGCAGCUGACCACAGGGAGCGGCGAACAGGGUGGAGACUACAUCAACGCCAGCUUCAUCGACGGAUACAAGGAAGCCAAUAAGUACAUCGCAGCUCAAGGACCAAAGGAGGAGACGAUCGCUGAUUUCUGGAGAAUGGUUUGGGAGCAAAAAUCUUCCAUCAUCGUCAUGGUAACGCGCUGUGAGGAGGGAAACCGGCCUAAGUGUGCGCAGUACUGGCCCAGUGUGGAGCGAGGAGCCGAGAUCUUUGAGGAGUUUGUGGUGAAAGUGAAUUCUGAGGAUCAGUGCCCCGACUACACCAUCCGCCACCUCAGUCUGACCAAUAGAGACAAAAGCAGUGAGCGUGACGUGACUCAUAUCCAGUUCCUGAGCUGGCCUGACCACGGCGUCCCGGGAGAGCCCCACCUGCUGCUCAAACUGAGGAGGCGCGUCAAUGCCUUCAAGAACCUGUUCAGCGGGCCCAUCGUCGUGCACUGCAGCGCUGGCGUGGGCAGGACGGGCACGUACAUCGGCAUCGACGCCAUGAUGGAGGGUCUGGAGGCCGAGAACAGAGUCGACAUCUACGGAUACGUGGUCCGACUGCGCAGACAGAGGUGCCUCAUGGUGCAGGUGGAGGCCCAGUACAUCCUGAUCCACCAGGCCCUGCUGGAGCAUAACCAGUUUGGAGAGACUGAGAUCAGCCUGAGCGAGCUCCACAGCAGCCUGAGCACCCUGAAGGAGCAGAGCGCCGAGGAGGAGGGCACCCUGCUGACCGAGGAGUUUGAGAGGAUGCCCCGUUACGCCAACUGGAGAACGUACAACGCAGGGAUCACCGAGGAGAACAAGAAGAAGAACCGCUCUUCCUCUGUCAUCCCAUACGACUACAACCGCGUGCUGCUGCGACUGGAGGAGGAGCCGAGUCGGGACAGUCGGGACGACGACAUCAACGAUGACGAGGAGGAGGAGUCUUCUGACGAGGAAGAGGAGUCGUCCAAGUACAUCAACGCCUCCCAUGUCGACGGUUACUGGGGCUCGCGCUGCUUCAUCGCGGCUCAGACUCCUCUGUCGGACACCGCCGCAGACUUUUGGCUCAUGGUGCAUCAGAAGAGAGUGUCCACCGUCGUCAUGCUGUCGGAGAGCAAACAGGAAGACACGGACUGCAUAUACUGGCCCAAAGAGAAAACCACGUACGGAGAUGUGGAGGUGGAAGUGACGUCUACAGAAAUAACUCCAGUUUUUGUUAGUCGCAGCAUCAACGUCCGCCACGUCAAGAGGAAAGAAGGCCGAGCGGUCGCACAUUUCCAGUUCCUGAAGUGGGCGGAGGGAGAGUUGCCGGAGAAGCCCCAGGAGCUGAUGGACAUGCUGAAGGAGAUGAGGAGCAAAUGUGGAGACAGCAAAAAACUCAGAUCGUCUCCAGCUCUGGUCCACUGCAAGGAUGGCUCCGCCCGCUCCGGCCUGCUGGUGGCGCUGUGGAACCUCCUGGACAGCGCAGAGACAGAGAAGCUGGUGGACGUUUUCCAAGUGGUGAAGACUCUGCGUAAAGAGAGAAGCGGCAUGAUCGGCAGCCUGGAGCAGUACCAGUUCCUUUACGACAUGCUGGAGGCCACGUUUCCUGUGCAGAACGGGGACGUGAAGGCGCCGCCGCCCUCCGCGGCCAACUCUGUGGAGAUCAUCAACGAAACUAAAACUGCAGCGUCCAAAGCCGGCGAGGAGGAGAGCGGCACUACCAGCACCGACCACCAGGAGGCGCCACCGAGCAGCAAAGAGGAGCCUUCAGAAGACGCACCCGGAGAGGACACUAUCACCUCCCCCUUAGUCACAGCAGAAGUGUGAGAGCGAUGAGAAAGAACCAAAUUUAUGCUGUAUCACUUUGUAAUAACUACACUUUUAAUACCCUUAAUUAAACAUGAACAAAGACUUAAUUCAUAACGAAAAAAAUAGCUUAUUAAAGAACUCGUAUAAACUUUUAGCCAUGUUAUAAUGUUAUCUUUUAGCUUAAUUCACUCGUGUUUCAUUAAUCCGCUAAUCAAAACCCUCUGAAUCGUCUCUGAGCCUCAACAAUGCUUCCCUUGAAUUUUGCCCGGAUUGUUGCGUCAUAGGUAAAACUCCAAACCUCUUGCGCUUUAGUUUUUUACGCCCGUAAACCAUCACGAGACGCGCUCUGAGGUCAAAUUGUGUUCACAACAAACGCGUGGCUGUAUUAGCAUAGCAUUAGCAGCGGAGAAGGAUUUAAUUUGUUUAAUUUUGACAGCAGAGGGCGCUCCAAAGUCUAAAUAACUCAUUGUCCCAAGAUGAUCAAGCACAUGUUUAAAAGAGAAUAAAAGCAACAAUGAUUCAGACUUAGUUACUACUUAAUUAAUGCCUUAUUAUGAUUUUUUUCUUUGUUUGUGCUUUAUUAAGGCUAAUUAAGGCGUAGUUAUUAUGAAGUGGCACCUUAUGCUUGCUAUUUUUUAUGUUUUAUUAUUGUAAAGACAGUAUGAAACCUUUUGGUAAAGAGCAUUUUGAAAGUGUCAUUAAAAAAUAUAGAUGAUAAUUUAUACAUUUUGUUUUUGUUGCUGUUGUCAAACUUCGUGGUUUGGGGUUUCGUAGCUCGUUAAAUCCAGUUUAAUACUCAAGAUUUAUCUGAUUUGAGCGGUUUUGGAGUUUAGACUUUUUUUUAAAUCACAUGACAACAGAAUUAUGGACAAUUUUGCACAAUUCUAACAAAAAUAUGCCAAAUAAUCCAGCUAAAAAAUAAAAAAAAUUAAAAAAAAAAACAGCUCAAAGCUCCUCAAAUCUAGAUAAAUUCAAAAUGGCAGUGAAGCAAUAAAUAUAUAUACUCGAUUUAAAGAUGCGUUAUGUAACUUUUCUUGCUGGUCUCCAUGGGGAUGCUGUUUCUUUACCUGAAAUGUCCCAUAGAACGGCAUUAAACUCAACCAUCUUGCAUGUAUUUAAUUGAAACUGUUUUAUUUGCUGGGGGGGAAAAAAAAGUACUUUGAGAAACAGACGUACUACUGUGAGUGUGCUCGCUUCACCGCAGAUCUGACGUCUUCUCCCUGUCUCCACGGAGAUACGAGGUUAAUGCCGUGCCGUGAAACAUUCAAGGCCAAGGGAUAACAGUAACAGGCCUAGAAAAAGCUACGCAGUGCAUCUUUAACGUCGGAAGUUAAGGUCAGCUCUUAUUUUACUUUUACAUUUAAAAAUUUCGUCUUUAAACCUAUUCUUUUGCUUAUUUUUAGUAGAUUUAUUAUUUUAUUUAUUCUUUUUUUAGCUCAGAAUUGGAAAAGGUUCAUUGGCGUUUAAGUCGAGAGAUAAAAGUUUGUAUUUUUUUUUGUUUUUUUAGAUGAUUUAAAUAACAAAAGUCGCAUAACUAUGAUGUUUUUUACAAGUUUUCAUUUGUAGUUUGAACUUCUCUCGAUAGCCGCUCGUGUACAUAUCGUCUUUUUGAACUGUCCAAACUUGUACCAUCUUUUCUGAGCCAGGAAUAAAUGUUUUAAGACCAAUUUGUAAAUGU